CCACCACCUCUUACUCUACCUUCUCCACCACCAACUCCUCCUCCUUCACAUCCACCACCACUACCACCUCCUCCUCCUGCUACAACACCACCUCCACCACCACCACCCCCUCCUCAUCCUCCACCACCAACACCACCUCAUUCUCCACCACCUCCUGAUCCUUCACCACCACCUCCUCCUCUGCCACCACCAUCUCCUACACCACCUCUUACUCUACCUCCUUCUCCUCCACCAACUCUUCCUCCUUCACAUCCACCACCAUCUCCUCCACCACAACCUUCUCGUCCUACACCUCCAAUACCUCCACCACCACCACCUCCUCCUCAACCUUAUCUUCCACCACCUCCUCCUCCUACACCACAACCUUCUCCUCCUACAUCACCACCUCCUCCUACACCACCCGCUCAUCGUUCUACACCACCUUCUUCUCCUCUUCUACCACCACUACCUUUUACUCUACCACCUCCUAUACCACCACCUCCUCCUUUAUUUGAGAAUAAAGUAACUUUUAUGCCAUUGAAGUCAGAGGAACUUAAAAUUUUAAAUAGUGAGCACAUACAAUGUUAAGAUUGGUGGUGAAGGUAGAACUUACAGGCUUUAGAGCAUGCUCAGUUUGAUCACUGAUGCAUCAUAAAUAUUUAUGAGUUUGAUUAACUUAUUGUAUCGAGUUAAUGGAACUUACAAUCUAACUGUGUUACAACAUGCCCCUAUUAUGACAAACUACACAGAUGAGCCAAAACAUUAUGACGACCUGCCUAAUAUGCUGCCUAAUAUGCUGCUGGUGCCCCCAAAACAGCGCCAACCCGCCAAGGCACGGACUCUACAAGACCCCUGAAGGUGUCUUGUGGUAUCUGGCACCAAGACAUUAGCAGCAGAUCCUUCAAGUCCUGUAAGGUGCGAGGUGGAGCCACUGUGGAUCGAAAUUGUUGGUCCAGCACAUCCCACAGAUGCUCAAUCGGAUUGAGAUCUGGGAAAUUUAGAGGCCAGGGCAACACCUUGAACUCUUCGUCAUGUUCCUCAAACCAUUCCCGAACAAUGUGUGCAAUGUGGCAGGGCGCAUUAUCCUGCUGCAAGAGGCCACUGCCAUCAGGGAAUAUCAUUGCCAUGAAGGGGUGUACCUGGUCUGCAACAAUGUUUAGGGAGUGGCACGUGUCAAAUUGACGUCCACAUGAAUGGCUGGACUCAGAGUUUCUCAGCAGAACAUUGCCCAGAGCAUCACACUGCCUCCACUGGCUUGUCAUUUUCCCACAGUGCAUCCUGGUGUUAUCACUUCCCCAGGUAAACGGCGCACACAUACGUGGCCUUCCACGUGAUGCAAAAGAAAAUGGGACUCAUCGGAUCAAGUGAACUUCUUCCACUGCUCCAAGGUCCAGUUCCGAUGCUGCGUGACCAUUGUAGGCACUUUCGACAGUGGAUAGGGGUCAUCAUGGGCACCCAACCAGUCUGUGGCUACACAGCCCUAUAUGCAGCAAGGUGCGAUGCACUGUGUGUUGUGACACAUUCCUCCCGUAACCAUCAUUAAAAUGUUCUUUGACUUGUGCCACAGUAGACCUUCUGUCGGUUCGGACUAGACGGGAUAGCCUUUGUUGCCUUUGUGCAUCGAUGAACCUUGGGCACCCAGCACCCUGUUGCCGGUUUGUGGUUUGUUCCUCCUCAGACCACUGUCGGUAGGUACUCACCACUGCUGAACGGGAACACCCCACAAGCCUUGCUGUUUCAGAGAUGCUUCGACCCAGUCAUCUGGCCAUAACAAUUUGGCCCUUGUCAAAAUCGCUCAGGUCUUUACUUUUUUCUUGACAUGUGGCCUUGUUAGGAGAUGAUCAAUGUUAUUUGCUUCACUUGAGAGUGGUCAUAAUGUUUUGGCUCAUCAGUGUACAGUAUCUGAAAUUCCAUGCAGUCAGAUAUGUAAUUUACAUAAUUCCCUUUAAUGAGGUGUGUUUGUGUGUGUGUGUGUGUGUGUGUGUGUGUGUGUGUGUGUGUGUGUGUGUGUGUUAUUCCAUCAAUCCAUGCCUUAUUUUGGCCAAUGCUUUGGGUUUGUUGUGAAUUCAUUGUGAAGUGUCAAAAAUAUUGCCAUAUUAUGCAGUAUAUGACAAAUGUAAGAAAUGGCUUUUAUUGACAUAAUAUUUAGUUUAUCUUCUAUUUAUUUUAAAUAUAUCAGAUACAGUUGUUAGAGGGGAAUUUUAAGUUGUAACAUGGUCAUGUUACAAUGUUCCCCUCAGUUGUUACAACUAUGGGGCACGUUGUAACAUUAUUGUUCCUAUAUAAUAAAUGUUGUGUAAACUUGUGUAAACACUGUAAACAGUGUGACUAUCCCAAAAAAUCCUGAAAGUCCUAAAAUUAGGCUAUAUACUGUAAAGUGUUAGGCUAUAUCAUAUAACACACACACACACAUAUAUAUAUAUAUAUAUAUAUAUAAUAAAUCCAAUAAUAUUAAUAUAUAGGCACAUAUCAAACUGAUAAAAUCUGAUUUGUUAAAUAUUAAAAGCCAAUGUCUUAUGAAAUAUUAUGUUCUUGACAGGUUUUGUAAUUUUCACACACCUCGUCUCUUUUCAGACACAAGGGGGCAGACGCAGACAUGCAUUCCGCUGUAAAAACAGUCCCAUUGAAUGCCUUUUUGUGGUUUUGGGGUUGGGGAUGGAGGUGUAUUUGUAGGAUAAGAGUCGAUUAGAUGCAUGCUGUGCUUGGACUGAAUUCAAACUGUGACAUUCUGUUGCUUACUCCUGCAAUUGUGCUUUCACAAAAUUGCAUAUAGACGUGCUCAGUGAAGACAUACUAAACACACACACACACACACAAAACAAAGAAAAAACAUAACAAAACCAUACUGUAGCAACGUAGCAAUGCAACUAUUGUGUUAGAAUUCAGGGCCAUAUUAAACAAACUACAUAUUAAUGAGAUUUAAUUACU